AUGUCAAAAGUCAUCCAAAAGAAAAACCACUGGAUCACCAAAGUCAGCGAGUGCGUAAUUGUGCGGGACGCGUGCGGCGAGCUGAACGUGGAGCUGCGAGGUGGGGCUGAACAUGGACAGUUUGCCUACAUUGGACAUGUCCGAGAGGAUGCGGUCCUUUACCAGGGCGGGAAACUCAACGAGGGGGAACUCAUACUGGAGGUUGAGGGGCUGCCUGUGUCAGGAUUACCCCUGUAUGACAUUUUAACCGUCAUCACCUGCACAAAAGGUCCCAUCAUUUUGAAGACGGUGCGUCAAGGGAACAAGCUGAACAAAGACCUGAAGCACUACCUGAGUCUGCGGUUCCAAAAGGCUUCCCCUGACCACGAACUGCAGAAGACCAUCCGGGCCAAUCUGUAUCGCCAUGCAGUGCCUUGUACAACACGCGCCCCCCGAGACGGAGAGUUGCCAGGGGUGGAUUACAACUUCCUGUCAGUGGAUGACUUCCUAGAACUUGAAGAGAGUGGUACACUGCUUGAAAUUGGAACAUAUGAGGGUAACUAUUAUGGGACCCCCAAGCCGCCAAGGCAACCCGUCAUUGGGACAGUGAUUCUCGGAGAUGUAGGUUCCCAGCAGUCCACCCCCAAGCGCACCAAGUCCUACAAUGACAUGCAAAGCGUCCGAGUAGUGCCUGCUGACGACGACGAUGACGACCAGGCCUCGGAAAUGAACAACACUUUCACAGGAUCCUUAGUGCGUAGUCUCUUCCCCUCUCCUUUGUUGUGCGCAGGUAACCCUAGCGACCAGGAUGAGAGCCGCGGCGGUAUCCUCCGGCCGUACCCCGCGCGUGACAACGCUCCUUCCUGUGGUCUGAACAAUGCGGCCAUCUCCACAGCGGACAGCGGGCAGCAGACCCUGGCAGAGCCGCAGGUCUCCCCGGAAGACGCGUUGGGACCGCUGCCCGAAAACUGGGAGAUGGCCUACACUGAGAAUGGAGAACUUUACUUUAUAGACACAACAAAGGCACACCACCAGGACAUGGCUGUGCAUUUAAAGAGCUUCCACAACACAAAGACCACAUCAUGGUUGGAUCCCCGGUGUCGAGACAAAGCCUCCAGGCCUCUGGAGGAGUGCGAUGAUGAUGAAGAGGGGAUACAUACGGAGGACCUGGAGAGUGAUCUCGAGCUGCCGCCAGGAUGGGAGAGGAUAGAUGACCCAGUGUAUGGAAUUUACUAUGUCGAUCAUAUAAACAGGAAGACCCAGUACGAGAACCCAGUGGUGGAGGCGCGGCGUCGCAAAAUCCUGCAGGAGCAGCAGCAGCAGCCGCAGCCUCCAGAAGGUGAGCGGUACAUUCGAGAGUGGAUAGAGGAGCACUCUUCAGCUGCAACACCACUGGUAAACUACGUUCCAAACCACCUCGAGACCUACAGGGACCCUCAAGUCCCACCAACACUACCUCCGGUCCCCACAGGAGCCAAACGAGGGAAGCCGUUCUUCACCAGAAACCCUGCAGAGCUAAAAGGAACAUUCAUUAACACAAAGCUGAAGAAGAGCCGUCGCGGCUUCGGCUUCACAGUGGUCGGAGGUGAUGAACCAGAUGAGUUCUUACAGAUCAAAAGUCUGGUGCUGGACGGACCUGCGGCCGUGGAUGGCAAGAUGGAGACAGGUGAUGUCAUCGUCAGUGUGAACGACACCAUCGUGCUGGGUUACACCCACGCUCAGGUGGUGAAGAUCUUCCAGUCCAUCCCUAUUGGCUCCAUGGUGGACUUGGCCUUAUGCCGUGGCUACCCGCUGCCCUUUGACCCUGAUGACCCCAACACCAGUCUGGUCACCUCGGUGGCCAUCUUGGACAAGGAGCCCAUUAUCGUCAACGGGCAGGAAACCUUUGGCUCGCCUUCCAACCCAAGUGGACCGCUCAACGGUCAGAGAGAGCCGCGGGCGCACAGCCCGUCCGCUGAGGCGUUGUCCAACAACCUGCUCGGCUACACCAGCGACGUGGUCACCCUGGCCUCAUCGAUCGUCACCCAGCCUGAGCUCAUCACCAUUCACAUGGAGAAGGGAGACAAAGGAUUUGGGUUCACCAUCGCAGACAGCCUGACUGGAGGUGGGCAGCGGGUCAAGCAGAUCGUGGACUACCCACGCUGCCGGGGCCUCAAGGAGGGGGACAUCCUGAUGGAGGUUAACAAAAGAAAUGUCCAGAACAUGAGCCACAACCAGGUGGUGGACCUGCUGAGCAAAUGCCCACGAGGGAGUGAAGUCACAAUGUUGGUGCAAAGAGGAGUGGUGCCUGCCAAGAGGAGUCCGAAGCUGGUGCACCAGUUAGAAAGGAAGGACAGCCAGAGCAGCUCCCAGCACAGCGUGUGCAGCCAUCGCAGCACACACGCGGACUCUCCCAGCCACCCGCCCUCUGCGAUGCCCGGUGAGGCUGCGGUGCCCACUCCCGCUGCCCCCAACCAGCCACUGCCGGGCUUGCCCCCUCAGGACCUCCCAGAUGGUACCCUCACCCUCCAGAAGAAGCCGGAUCCCUUUAAGAUCUGGGCUCAGUCAAGGAGCAUGUACGAGAGCAGACUGCCAGAUUGCCAGGAGCAGGACAUUUUCCUUUGGCGAAAGGAUACGGGCUUCGGUUUCCGUAUUCUUGGGGGAAAUGAGCCCGGGGAGCCUAUCUACAUCGGUCACAUAGUGAAGUACGGCGCCGCCGACGAGGACGGACGCCUGCGUUCAGGUGAUGAGCUCAUCUGCGUGGACGGCACAGCAGUGGUGGGCAAGUCUCACCAGUUGGUGGUGCAGCUGAUGCAGCAGGCCGCCAAACAAGGCCAUGUCAACCUUACGGUCAGGCGGAAGACCCCGGGAUACCCAGUGUCAAAAGGGGAAGGCGACGUUCCGCCGUCGCCAGCCUCUUCCCACCACAGCAGCACCCAGGCACCCAGCCUGACGGAAGGCAAGCGGACCCCGCAAGGAAGCCAGAACUCUCUCAACACGGUCAGCUCGGGCAGCGGGUCCACCAGCGGCAUAGGCAGCGGCGGAGGAGGCGGCAGCGGGAGCGCCGUGGUUCCCGCCUCUCUGCAGCCGUACGACGUGGAAAUCCAACGUGGAGAAAACGAAGGCUUCGGUUUUGUCAUUGUGUCCUCUGUCUCCAGGCCCGAUGCGGGCACUACCUUUGCUGGAAACGCUUGUGUGGCCAUGCCCCACAAAAUAGGGCGCAUCAUCGAAGGCAGCCCAGCAGACCGCUGCGGUAAGCUGAAAGUCGGCGAUCGGAUAUUGGCCGUCAAUAACUGCUCCAUCACCAACAAGUCCCACUCGGACAUCGUCAACCUGAUCAAGGAAGCCGGAAACACGGUCUCGCUCAGGAUCAUCCCCGGUGAUGAGUCUUCCAAUGCUUCUCUGCUGACCAAUGCUGAGAAGAUCGCUACUAUUACCACCACACACACUCCUCAACAGUCCAAAGAGUCUCGGAACACUUCCAAGUCGAAAGGAGUUCCUCCUCCUCCACCGACACAAACUGUACAGGACAAUGAGUUCUACUCGGUGGACCUUGAACGCGACAGCAAAGGUUUUGGUUUUAGCCUGAGGGGAGGGCGGGAAUACAACAUGGACCUUUAUGUGUUGAGACUAGCAGAGGACGGAGCUGCUGUCAGGAAUGGCAAAAUGCGGGUGGGAGACGAAAUCUUGGAGAUUAAUGGCGAGAGCACAAAGAACAUGAAGCAUUCGCGUGCCAUUGAACUGAUCAAGAACGGCGGGCGAUGGGCACGGCUUGUCCUGAAACGUGGGGAUGGAUCUGUACCCGAGUAUGACGGCGGCAAUGACGGGUACCCUCCCACACUCGGGGCACAAAACACUACGGAAGUGAGAACGCUGCCACCCAACAGCCGAUAUCACACCUCAUUGGAUUCCAGUUAUCCACCAGACCUUCACACACCAUCACGCCGGGAGGAGGCCGGGCGUGGGCGAGACAGGAACAGGAACGGGGACAGGGCCGGGUCAGAUCAGACGGACUACCAAGCCCGACAGUUUAACCCUCACCUUCACCACACCUGGAAUAACAAUCACCGUCACAGUAACCCCAGACAGCCGUCUCCAGACAACAGUAACGGUGGCAGUGGCAACAAGAAGAUCCGAGGGCGCAAGGUCGAAAAGUCCGAGUCCGAAAGCGGCAUCUCGAAGCUCCUAAAGACUCUGAGGAAAGACACCGCGGGGAAGAAGGCUGCAGCAGCGCAGAAACUCAGGGGCCAAGGACUCUCAAACAGUAGCUCUACUUUGGACGGGAGGUUUCGCGUGCAGCGCCGUGGCUCCCUCGAUCGCUCACCCACGCCAAAGCGCGCCUCCUCCCCCGAUCGUAGGCGGGCCAAGUCGAUGGAGCGCAAGGCAGAGCGAGCGCAUCGGGAUGGCACGCCUGAGAGCGAGCACGACGACGGGGGCUUCCUCGCCGUCACCCCUGAGCGCAAAUUCUACGAGAGAAGGCUCCUCAAGGACGCCCGGGUGAGCGGGCGAGUCUGGGAAGUCGCCGCCCCCGAGCGCUCCAACAACAACGGCGUCGAUUCCUCGUCCCUUCCCAGAGGCGGCGCUUAUGAGCGAGCCACCAAGAACGGCAACCUGAUAAGAGACUCUUCCUCCGAGCAAUAUCGGAUCAACGGAACACCAGAGAGACGGUCUCAGGCAGAGCGGGAUUCGUCCCCUGACAGCAACUACAGCCGGGACGAGCGGAACUAUGCAGCAGCACCCAGGCUCAAAGACUACUACGGCAUGAUGAAGAACAAUGCUGCACACAACAAUGCUGCACACAAGAACACAGGCCACAACAAUAACACAGUUUUCCAAAGCCCAAAGCAGCUCCCUGAGCCCAAGAGAAAGUUGUACACGGAAAGCCCCAAAGACCUCAGCAUCUAGAGCGGCGCAAACUCUCUCCUACGCGAUCAUCCACUGAAAUUGGACCGAUGAAGACCCGAAGAGCCAACCGGUUUAUUGAUUGAUUUAACUUGUCCCGAUCCCAUCCGGAGAUUCCUAAAACAGCAGGAGUACAAUCCCAUCGGCUUACACUGGUUGUUUUGUCAUUGUUACGUUGCUCAUAACAGGUUGUUGUAUUAUAAUAGAAGUAUUGUAUGUGCCUGCAUAUGAAAUUGGUGAUUUUGCUUUUUUUUGUCUGCAUUGCUGAAUCUAAAUGUUUUUUUUUGUUCCCUCCCACCUACUAUGUGAGACAAGCUUCCAGUUGUGCUUUUUUUUCAACUUUUUACUUUAAUGAACAAAUGAUAGCACAAAUCGCCAAUGGCUUACAAGAAUGGUGGAGGGGGAGGGGGGACAAAAACCAAUGGGACAUGUUCAAAAAUGAAGAACUGGAGAUAAAGUAGGAGUGCUGAAUUUAUAAAUAAUUUAUUUCUUUCACGCGUGUGUUUUUAUUUAACAUGGCACAUAUCCCGAGUGAGCUUGCUUAAAUCCUGAUGAUUUCUGUUGGAAAAGCAUGCUUAUUGAGUUCUGUGCUCCCAAAACUAAGAAAUCAGAAAAGGAGGGAAAAAUGGUGACACGCCCUAAACAAUGAACAUUCUAAAGUUUAAAGCCUCCGCAAAUGAUCCCCGCCACAAGCAAAAAUGAGAGAAUGGAUGAAAAAAUUGUAUGAUCCAUUUGCAAGAUGCGCAGGCGAAUUAAAGUUGAACUCAACCACUUUUUUCAAAUGAGCGCGUUGCUACGAACCAAUCGACAUCCAAUUGGCUCUGUGACCUCAUGUGGUCCUGUCCCUGGCCGCCACCUCCUAACUCCACACACAAGCAGCUGACGCGCUUCAUUGGUGACGUGUGCAGAAGAUGCAACGUAUUCUUACUAAAAAAUAUGAAAAUCAAAGGUAAAAAACACCAAACCAAAAUUUGCUUCCAAACUCUUCCGUUCUAGCAACAUGACUUGGCCAGCAUGGCUAUACUAGCCUCCCCUCUGAAGGAAAAUACCCCACCUGCCCACAAGCGUGGUAGAUAUUACAAACACUACUUCAAAGUAGCCAUUGCAUGUUAUUUGAAUACAAUUCCAGGAUAUAAUCACAAACCCCUUCCACAUGAGAACACAUGAGUUGAUUGUCACUCACGCGUUUACACUUUGACCGAGAUCCUGCACAGUUCUUACGACAAGGCUCCUCGCACAGGAGACCACCAAUCUGCCGUGCUGAGCCACACUGUCACCCCACUGGAAUCUGACUGCUGCUUAAUAACGUGUUUUGUGACUGUUUUUUCUUUUGUUGUGAUUGUUGUUGUUGUUGUUUCACAGCAAACGCAUAGGCUACUGAGAGGCACACUCGUCUGCCACACUGGCUUAGCUUUGACACGAGGGCAAGACUGAAGUCAAGUUCACCCUCUUUCCCAAAAGGAGAUGGCAAUUCACCAAAAAUGAAUCCAAACCCGUUCCCGAGAAGGCAGAGCUCUUGGUUUGGCCACCCGGCAAGAUGGACCUCUCAAAGAUCACUUUGAAAAUGAUUUUGUACUCUUGGCCGGCGGGCGCACGUGCGUGAGCUGUCAUCAGCUAGUGUCUCAUCUGCCGUGUUGUCAGCUCGUGAUACCGUUUAUCACCUUUGCCACAACAAACUUGCAGGAGAUCAGAAUGCAAUGUGCGUGGGUGGUCGACUCUAAAACUUCCACAAGACAGGGCCGCCUCCCGUGUUGCCGCCUUAAGUUGACUUCGGUUCCUGGUUAGCAACGUUCGAUUAUAUGCGGUUCUAUUUUUCGGCUAAAAUAUGAUUAUAUGCUAAAAUACAUGACCGCUGUUGUCCAAUCAGGGUACUACCAAAAAAAAAAAAUCUGAUGCUCACCUCUUGGCCAUCUCCUGGAUAGAUUUUUCCUAUGUGACUAUUGGGAACCUGCGGAAGAAUUCAAAAUGUUGCCUUUUUCAUGUACAAAAGAGAAAUUUACGAUGAGCCUCAGCAAUGAGGAAUGUGACAGUGUUUUUAUCUCUGAAUGGACCUGAUGAUUUACGGGAUCUUUGUGGAUUUACUCUGGAUCAGGUAUGUAAAGACCUUUUCGAACGAAAGACGAAUUGGUCAAGCUGUUUUUCGUUUGAAUCUCUCGAUGGUUAGCCUGCCUUUGUAUUAUAAAGCACUUGUAUACGGUCUGUGUUCUUCAAGCAUUAUUUCUUGCAAUGUGCUCCAGACUGUGUGUGUUGAUAAGAGCAGUAAAUGUAUAUGGGCUGGGGGGUUUUUUUGUGUUUGUUUGUUUUAUAAAUCUAUGCAUACAUAAAUAUUACAUUGUUCAUAGCUUUAUUUGAUCCAUCAAGCUAUACAUAGCAUUAGUCGAAGUACAAGUAGAUGUUGAUUUAUCCAGCUUCUUUCCUUGAGAUGAAUACACUGUAUAUGUAGCUAUCAAAAGAAGUCUGUGAAUGCUAUUUUUAAUAUCAAAAUAAAGUUUUCCAUACAAAUAGA